AUGGUCGGCGGUAUCACUCCCCUAACUAAGGAAGACAUGAAUGAGGUUAUGUUUCAGGAAGCCCUUACGGAGGUAAUGAAGAAUUUGGAUGAAGCGAAUGAAUGCCAUUCCUUCCGACUCGUCAGAGUUAUCGAGGCUACAAAGCAGGUUGUCGCUGGGAUGAAAUAUGCCGUAAAGCUAGAGGUAGCUCCCAUCUACUCGAAUGAAAAUGACGGAGAAUGUUCAAAGGCUUGCUACCUUGGUUUAAGUGGGAACAAGAAAGCGGUGGCAACGGUUAUUGUUCAGCCAUGGAGAGAUCCAAAGCACUACAUCACGUUCAAUCCUAACAAUGAUGGUUCUGCAGACUUUAGUAAAAAUGGAGAGUUAAUCAGCAGCUGUAGUUUACCAGAAUGGACAACCCUCUCCUCAGGAGAAAUGCAAUCAGAACAAUUUCGGGAGGUGCUCCAAAAGAGUAUCGAAAAACUAAAUGAAACUGCCAGGAGGUGCUUCCGAUAUGAGUUCCUGGAUUUAAUUGAAGGGAAGAGACUUAUGGCUUCAAGCCCGAAGUAUGAAUGGACAAUGAGAGUGAAAAAGAUUUACGACGAAUCCAUGCCCAGUUGUAAAGGUACCUGCGCCGAUGAUUGCUCGGGCAUUGAAAUUUACAGGGCCAGUGCCUUGGCAAGUCCGCUCGAGGGAGGAACACCAGAAAUCCUGAACAUAGGGUACCAAGGCCCCGCUGACUUAUGA